CGGGAGCGCGCGUCCGAGAUGGGGAAAGGGAUUGAGAGGCGUCGGGGUCGCGCUCACCGUGUUUGGCUGGCAAGUGCCUGCUUCACCAGGUUCAGCAUUAUGGGGGAUCCUGGACCCCGAGGCGAGAUGGACCCUCAUCGAGCGACCACAGCACAGGGACCGUGCAGGCGGUUCAUACCGGGGUAGAUGACAGCUUUCAUGUGUCAAUAAGUGAGCCGCAGAGAAGGCGGUGUUUUCUGGGAGUCAAUCAGAGCUGGAGUCACUGCUUGGUAGGUUAACGAAGAGAGACGGACGUGAGGAAACUGGGAAGUCGACCUAACUUAAAUAAAUACCGCAUUGAACUGAGCGGAAACAAUGAAUAAAUUGGUGAUUACGAGCUGGUCCGGUCAGCCUGGGCGAAUCGGAACAGGCUGGGCUCGUCCAGUGUGAAGUCAGCUCCCAUCUGUUGACUUCUCCGCCGGGCGGCGAUGUCCGCUUUCUGCCUGGAUUUGCAGACGUCUGCCGUGGUUUCAGCACCACUAGAGCUGGACAGCGACUGCAUGGAGCCGCCGGCCAGCCCCGGCUCUCAGGAGCCCGGCGGCUUUCAGGGCCACCCGCCGCCGCGGCGCGCCGGCUCCGGAGGCCUUGGCACGGCCUUGGAGGAGGAACUGGCCAUGAUCACCCGGGAGCGGGGAGUCGACGAGGAGCUGGCGGAGCUGGAGGCGCCAGCGGUGGGGCACAGCGCAGAUAUGCUGUUGCUCUUCCGACAAAAAGAGAAGGACUUGGUUUUAGCAGCUAAACUGGGCAAAGCGCUGCUGGAGAGAAACCAAGACCUGACCAAGCAAUACGAGAAGAUGCACAAAGAUCUGUGUGAGAAGUUGGAGCACCUGGAGCAGGAGAAGCACGAGUUGCGGCGGCGCUUCGAAAGUCGAGAGGGUGAGUGGGAGGGUCGCGUGGCCGAGCUGGAGACGGACGUCCAGCACCUGCAGGGCGAGCUGGAGCGCCACCAGGUCCAGCUGAGGGAGGCGGACAGGGACAAGACCAAGGCCAUCAGCGAACUGUCUGAACAGAACCAUAGGCUGCUGGAGCAACUCAGUAGGGCUGCAGACGUGGAGAGGCAGCUGUCCACUCAGGUCCAUUCAUUACGGGACGACUUCAGGGAGAAGAGUGUGUCUACAAGGCAGCACAUGACACGCCUGGAGACGCUGCAGGCUGAGCAAGGGCUAGAAAUUAAGAUGCUGUCGGAGAGGAAGAUGGAGCUGGAGCGCCGGGUGACCGCCAUGAUCGAGGAGAACGAGCUGCUGCAGAACACCGUGGACGACCUCCGGGAGCGGACGCUGGUGCUCGAGAAGCAGUGCCACGAAAAGGAUCGUCAGUUGCGACAAAGCCAGCUAGAGCUUCAGGAGGUCCAGGUAUCCCACAGACAACUGACGGCUAAGUUGGCCGAGCUAACGGAGGAGCACAGUCUUCAAACUCUCAGCCCCCACCCGUCCAACCUGCUGUGUGAGAUAGAGCAGAGCAUGGAGCAGGAGGAGCAGGAGCAGGAGAGGGAACAGCUGCGUCUACAACUUUGGGAGGCCUAUUGCGAAGUUCGCUCGCUCUGUUCCCAUCUCCGAGGAAACGAUGUCACAGACUCGGCACUUUCCACCGACUCAUCCAUGGACGAGUCCUCGGAGACGUCCUCGGUCAAGGAUGUGCCUACAGGGAGCCUUCACACCAGCCUAUUAGAGCUACGGAGGUUAACACAGAAUCUGCUGGAUGGGAAUGAGUCUACGGGUUCACGGCGCAGUGAUGAGGAGGCACUAGAGGAGCAGGUGAGGAAGAUGGGAGAAGAACUGCAGGAGGUCAGAGAGCUUUACGAAGCAGAGCAGCACAAAACACGCGGCAACGAAGAGGAGCUGCUGCAGAUGCACAAUCAGAUGGCGCUGCUCUCCAUUGAGAUCUGCUCUCUGAGGGAAGAGAACGAGCGAAUGAGGGCGAUGGCGGACGUCCGAGAACCCAGUGAGCAGCUCCAGAGCGCCAUCAGAGACCGAGACGACGCCAUCGCCAAGAAGAAAGCUGUGGAAAUGGAGCUGGCUAAAUGUAAAAUAGACAUCAUGUCUCUGAACAGCCAGCUUCUGGACGCCAUCCAGCAGAAACUCAACCUGUCACAGCAGCUGGAGGCUUGGCAGGACGACAUGCACAGAGUGAUUGACCAGCAGCUGAUGGACAAGCACCAGGACGAGUGGCGCUCGGUCCACGCCGCGCUGUCCGGAUCGUCGAGGAGUCAGUCCCCGAGGCGAGCUCGCCGCGUCUCUGAGCGGGACAAGAGACUUUUCUCUUUUUUCAAAAAGAACUGAGCCCUGUCGGAACUGGCCUUUAAAGCGCAGAAGAGACACGCAGAGACAAACGGAGGUGAGGGAGUGUAUGGGUAAACAGCUCAGCCAAAGACAGGCGGUGGUAGACAGGCGCUGAUGUUGGGGGUGGGGGAGGAGGUUCAGAUCAUUUUGCACUUUAUCUGUCCCAUUGCUCUGCUCCUUACUGAAAGGAAAUGAAUGAAGGUAAAAAAAAAAAAUUUAAAUCAACACUUCCCCAGAGGCUUUGGCUCAGCAGUCCACCCUAAAGAGCGCUUUGCUUUCUGGUCUUACAGAACAGGACAGGGUCACAAAGUUUACCUCCAUAGAGGAAGUUUUCCUUUGUAGUGCCUACAAAACCCACUGCCAACUCUGUAGAGGUGGAAAGCAAUGUUAAAGCGUUACAGCAUGUGCAGUAUGUGUCUCAGUUAUCAGGCCGAGGAGGCUGGGGAAAGGCAGAAGUUUGAAGUAUUAAGGUAGAGCUCAGAGUAUAAAGAGAAGUUCUGGCAGCGACAGAGUACAACACGCAACGAUGGGGAGUCUCUCAGGUUUAUUUAUAUGUCAGGGGAAAAAACAGCGUGGUGUGUUCAACACAACUGGAAAAGGUCAAUUCCCAAAUGGAAGAAUAUAAAUCGAGGGGAUGACUUACGGGCACUGCGAUGGACUGGUGACCUGUCCAUAGUGACCCAGUCUCUGACCCAUUGACCACUGAAGAUAGGCACCAGCACCCUCCUGACCUCACGAGGGACAAAGGUGUAUGAUAAUGGAUGGAUGGAUGGACAGACUUAUGGGCAUUUUAGAAAUGCAGUUCUGAAAGUGUAAAUUAAAAAAAGAAAAGGUUUUCUCCAAGAAGCCUCUCUGACCACAUUAGCUAUUGUAGCUAUUUGCUUUGAUUACAAUACAUCUCAGACUGAGUUUCUAAGUGCAUAACAACAUUUUAAACAAACAAACAAAAAAACCAGCUAGCCUGAUUAAAACCAGCCUCUUCUCCUACAUUAUUUGCGAAGUACAGAGGAUCUAUUGAGAAAUACUUCCUGGACUUCCUGUUGAGGUUUUAUAUUUUGCAAUCAUUGGUUUACAAUUGGUUUUUACAAUUAUUGUUUAAUUUCUAAGGUAGCACUCUUGUGUCAGAUAAUCUAAAUCAAUGUUGGGGAAUAAUUAAAACUUAAGAUUUACAACAUCUUGAUUAGCCUUCAUAGCCGGGGCUGAACCCAGGUGUUACACCAAGAACUAUAGCUAAAAUUCUUGCAUUUCAGUGGUUGACAUACAGCGUAGUAGUAACAUUCUAUUCACAAAAUAUAAACAAUACAAUGUUCAUCUUACUUAUGAAAAGCUGUCCCUCGAGCCAUUACGUCAAUAGUCCGUCGAUUUGAACAAAGCUAUCCCGCAGUGCUGAGGCAUCUUCUGCCGUUUUGGUUUAACCAAAUAGAUAUGACGAACGCUCCAAGAUGGCCGCCGUAUUUCAUGCUCCCCAGCUGCCAAUGCGUCGUUUCUUAUUGUGUCUACGGUCCUGCCUACACCAAGCCACACCCACAUACACUCGCGCUGGAAGCAUAUUAUUGUACGCCCAUGCUCAUUGGCUAACGCCUGUGGUCGCGAGCUGACCCACGCCGAUCAAAAUUAGCAUCAAUGAGCCGCAAACCAACCGACAGAGCGUGGCAAGACGUCUGCCAAUCAUUCUGAACCACAUAAGACGUGACGUGACCAAGGUUGUGAGAAGUUAGCCCUUUGGAGAGACUGGGAUUUUUCCCUGACUGUUUGGCACCAGUUUUGUGGAAAAUGUCACAAAUUGUAAUACAUUAUUUUUAAUUUGUGUUGUAACAAUUUUAUUGUGAACACCAGGAAAACUAAAUUAAAAAACCCCCAAACUUUUCAGUUUGUGGGACGCUGUCACAACCUCAAGAAACUCUCCAUGCUUGUCCCUGACAGAUGAAUAAACCUUUGUGGUAGAACUCCUUAAAUCUAUCUUAGUGGUAUUAUUUUCCUACUGCUCACAUCAUGGUCAUCAUUUGAAGAAAAAGCACUGCUCAGUGUUGUCUCUGGGAUGUCAGCCAUCUUCCUAGUUGACCAAAUUUCUUCUUUACAUCAGCUUGAGAAGGGGUUAGGAUUUAUUAUACAAGUUCCACCUGUUAAAAGCACUUCAGUGCACCACAGCUGUCAGCAUUCAGUGUGACCGUUUGCAUUCACUCCUAAUGGAGAGGGUCUGCCUCCAUUCUUCUCGCUUCAAUACUUCACAGGCACUUUGAUUUCUUAGCUUGCGGGCUUCCAUACCUGGGGGACAUUUCUGACUCCAUUGGUGAAACACAACGAAGCGAGCUCAGAUCUUUGAGCGUGGGUGAGUUUCUGUGUGGCACAUUAAUGUCUCAUGUCUGUGUGUGUUUAAUGAAGCUGUGCAAACCUAUGCAGGUGUCUUCACGUCAUCUCAGCUGGUUGUUGGGAAGGAUCAACCCAAAGAAUGAUUUUUU